CUACUUCCAGGCUCACCCAACCAACAAGUUGGAAUCUCGUCUAACCUCUCUUUCUUAGAGCUUUCCGAGUAGUUCGAGAAGACCAUUCUUUCACCAGUCAUGGCGGCGUCUGUCGAUAACCGACAGUUCGGCCGCCUUGAGCCGGGCAAUGCGCUGGUCAGCCCGGUGGUCGGUAAGACGUUCGGCACACACCACCGCUCCGACUCCCCUGUGCGCGGCUGCAGCUUCCCUCCCCUCGUGCCCCUCUGCCGCGACGAUGACGAGGAGGACGAGGAGGAGGAGGCGAUCGACUGGAAGAAGCUGUACGGCGGCAGCCACCUGGAGGUGGAGCCGUCGGUGCGCGACCGGAGGGACGAGGGAACCGCCGACGGCUGGAUCGAGCGGAACCCGUCCCUGAUCCGGCUCACCGGGAAGCACCCCUUCAACUGCGAGCCACCGCUGGCCCGGCUUAUGCACCACGGGUUCAUCACCCCGGUGCCACUCCACUACGUCCGCAACCACGGGGCCGUGCCCAAGGCCGACUGGCGCACCUGGACGGUGGAGAUCACCGGCCUGGUGAAGCGCCCGGUGCGGUUCACCAUGGAUGAUUUGGUCCGGGACUUCCCCCCGGUCGAGAUCCCGGUCACCUUGGUGUGCGCCGGGAACCGUCGCAAGGAGCAGAACAUGGUGCAGCAGAGCAUCGGGUUCAACUGGGGCCCCGCGGCCAUCUCCACCACGGUGUGGCGUGGCGCCCGGCUCCGGGACGUGCUCCGCCGCUGCGGCGUCAUGGGCCGCAAGGACGGCGCCCUCUUCGUGUGCUUUGAGGGCGCGGAGGACCUCCCCGGUGGCGGCGGCUCCAAGUACGGUACGAGCCUCCGGCGCGAGGUGGCAAUGGACCCGUCCAGGGACGUCAUGCUCGCCUACAUGCAGAACGGCGAGAUGCUGACGCCGGACCAUGGCUUCCCUGUCCGCGUCAUCAUCCCAGGCUUCAUCGGCGGCCGCAUGGUCAAGUGGCUCAAACGCAUCAUCGUCACUCCGCAGGAGUCCGACAGCCACUACCACUACAAAGACAACCGUGUUCUCCCGUCCCACGUCGACGCUGAGCUCGCCAACGCCGAAGCUUGGUGGUACAAGCCGGAAUACAUCAUCAACGAGUUGAACAUCAACUCGGUGAUCACGACGCCGGGUCAUGAUGAGAUUCUUCCCAUCAACGCGUUCACGACUCAGAGGCCGUACACCAUGAGGGGCUACGCUUACUCCGGUGGCGGAAGGAAGGUGACACGUGUCGAGGUGACACUCGACGGCGGCGAGACGUGGCUGGUGUGCGCCCUCGACCACUCGGAGAAGCCCAACAAGUACGGCAAGCACUGGUGCUGGUGUUUCUGGUCCCUGGAAGUGGAGGUCUUGGAUCUGCUGAGCACCAAGGAAGUAGCUGUUCGAGCUUGGGAUGAAUCCCUCAACACCCAACCUGAGAAGCUCAUUUGGAACGUCAUGGGGAUGAUGAACAACUGCUGGUUCAAGGUGAAGGUGAACGUGUGCCGCCCCCACAAGGGCGAGAUUGGCCUCAUGUUCGAGCACCCGACGCAGCCCGGGAACCAGUCCGGGGGAUGGAUGGCGCGGCAGAAGCACCUCGAGACGUCGGAGGCCCCGACCCUGAAGAAGAGCACCUCCACCCCCUUCAUGAACACCGCCACCAAGCAGUUUACCAUGUCGGAGGUGCGCAAGCACGCGUCGCGCGAGUCCGCCUGGAUCGUGGUCCACGGCCACGUCUACGACUGCACCGGCUUCAUCAAGGACCAUCCCGGCGGCGCCGACAGCAUCCUCAUCAACGCCGGCGGCGACUGCACCGAAGAGUUCGACGCCAUCCACUCGGACAAGGCCAAGGCCCUCCUCGACACCUACCGCAUCGGCGAGCUCAUCCCUUCGGGCUACAUCUCCGACACCUCCGUUCAUGGUGCGUCCGACCUCUCCCACCUCUCCACCAUCCGCGAGGUGUCACGGCCAUCGGCUCUCGUGAACCCCCGUGAGAAGGUGCAGUGCAAGCUCGUGUCCAAAACGAUCGUAUCACACGACGUUCGCCUCUUCCGCUUCGCGCUCCCCUCGGCGGACCAUGUGCUGGGCCUCCCCGUCGGGAAGCACAUCUUCCUCUGCGCCACCAUCGACGGCAAGCUGUGCAUGCGCGCCUACACGCCAACGAGCCCCGUCGACGAGGUCGGCUUCUUGGAGCUCCUCAUCAAGGUCUACUUCAAGGACGAGAAUCCCAAGUUCCCCAACGGCGGCCUCAUGUCCCAGCACCUAGAGUCCCUGCCCAUCGGCUCCACCCUGGACAUCAAGGGACCGCUCGGCCACAUCGAGUACACCGGCCGCGGCAACUUCGUGGUCAACGGCAAGCCAAGGUUCGCGAGGCGGCUCGCGAUGAUCGCCGGCGGGACCGGCAUCACGCCGAUGUACCAAGUGAUCCAGGCGGUGCUGCGGGACCCGGAGGACCGCACCGAGAUGCACCUGGUGUACGCCAACAAGUCGGAGGACGACAUGCUGCUGUGGGACGAGCUCGACGGCUGGGCGCGGGAUCGCCCGGAGCAGUUCAAGGUGUGGUACGUGAUCGACGAGGCAAAGCGGGGCGAGGAGUGGAGGUACAGCACGGGCUUCAUCACGGAGAGCAUCUUAAGAGAGCACAUCCCGGUGGGCGGCUCCGACGACACGCUCGCACUCGCCUGCGGGCCGCCUCCGAUGAUCCGGUUCGCCGUGGUGCCCAACUUGGAGAAGAUGAAGUAUGACACGGCCAAUUCACUGCUGCAAUUCUAAACGCCACCACCGUUCGAUCUUCCAAUCUCUGCUACAUGGACCGUGGAAGAACCGGACUACGCAAUCGCAAUGUACUACCAUGUAUAUACGCAUUAUUCCUCCCUGCUCGCUGCCAUCAUUUGUUAGAUUUUGUUGUCGGAAUCACCGAAACGAGAGGCAGAUGUUGCUGAUUCCAAACGCUACCUAAUCAUCUAUUGGAAAUAAAGUUUUGCUAGAUUUCGCCGGCA